AUGGAGGUGGAGGUGAAACUGCGUCUGCUUGAUGCGGCAACCCACAGUCGCUUAAAAGAAAUCCUUUCACCAUUUCGUACAAAAAUACUUAACCAAAAAAAUGUCUUCUUUGACUCUGCUAAUGGCAUUCUUGCCUCUCAAAGGGCAGUGCUUCGCUUGCGUUCAUUCGAUAACAACAACAGUGAAAAGACGCGUUGUGUUUUGUCACUCAAGGCAAAGCCAGUACUGAUUAAUGGGGUGAGUCGUGUCGAGGAGGAUGAGGAGGAAAUAGAGCCGUUGAUUGGGAAGCAAUGCGUGGAGGAAGCUAGCAAGCUGGGGUUGAUUGAGUCGAGGGUUAUUAAGAGGUGUAAAGAUGAGUUUGGAAUUGAUGGGGAAAUGGGUUUUGUGUGUUUAGGUGGGUUUGAGAAUGUGAGAGAGGUUUAUGAUUGGAGAGGGUUGAAGUUGGAGGUUGAUGAGAGUAAGUUUAGUUUUGGAGUUUGUUAUGAGGUUGAGUGUGAGAGUGAUGAUCCUGAAAGAGUUAAAAGAGAGCUUGAAGGGUUUUUGAAGGAGAAUGGGAUUGAUUACAAGUACUCUGAGAUGUCAAAGUUUGCGAUUUUUCGAGCUGGGAAAAUGCCUUAG